AUGAAAAAUAUUAUUAUUUGUUGUAUUUUUGGAUUAAUCUUGGUAGCUGUUGUUUUUACACAAAGGCAAGGAGUUAUUAUUGCUGAUUUGGGAAAAAUGAUUGUUGAAAAUUGUCCACCAAUGUUAUGUACAGGAUUAGAUUGUGCUGUUGUAACAGAAAGAAAUGGUUGUCAAUUGUGUGCCUGUCCAAUAGGAUCACCAGCUCGUGGUUGUGAUCCAAUGCCAUUUGUCUUAUGGCAUGAUCUUAUUGUUAAUGGAUGUCCUAAUGUAACUGUUAAUACUCGUGAUCCAGCACAAAAAGUUCAUAGAUGGUUUAGAAGAGUUAAUAGAUAUGGUAAUAGUGAUCAAUGUGAACCAUACAUCUUUCCAUAUUGUCCAGAACUUGAUUUUAAUUUAUGGAGAUCACCAAGAACAAAACAAGAAUGUGAAUUAUAUUGUUACAGUGCUGAGGAACAAAGAAAAAGAGGAUUUAAUUAA